AGCAUACGCACACGGCACACUGAAACGGAAGCAAGACCGUGGAAGUAAAGGCGCCGCCCCCGGGAGCACACAACUAGGGGGAACAAAUACACCUCUGGACUCUGGGGGCCUCUCUCCGACCGACGACUGAAUCUACCUCGCUUCGCGCCUCCGGUUCCGCGCCGGGCCCGCCAGAAUCGGAGCUCGGGAUCGCCUCGGCCCGUGGCAAUGGGAGCUGACUGCGAGGACGCCGUCAAGCAGCUCAGCCACCUCAUGGAGCAAGUGGAGGCGCCGCUGAAGAGAUCGUUUCAGAAACCUACAUUUCCCGAUGGGGGUGGAAGCUGGGCCAGAACCACCGGAAGCCAGCUGACUGUACAUCCAUGAACCCUCUCAAGAAUGAACUCAACUACCAUAUUUUCAUGGAGGGAGCCAUUAGUGAAGCAGAAUUGAAUCCACCUACCAUUCUGGAGGAUAUAUUCCCAAGCAGAAAUUUCAGGAUUGUAAAAGAGUCUAUUGUGAUUAUAUUCUUGGGAGAUCACAAUCAAGAACUGAUGUUUUGUGAACCAAACCAGCCCUGCAAACUUUAAUUUAAUUUCACAGAUCAUCAUUAGUAGUAUAUCAUUGAUAUCAUUUGGUUCAUCUCCACCCGUUUUAAAUUCUGGCAGUUGCGAACAUACUUCAUAAAUUUGCAUUUGUCAUAGGGGAAUGUUCGGUGAAUGGAGUCAGCAUUCUGUUUCUGAUACGUGUUUUUUUUUUCUAAAUCGUGAUUGCGGAGUCACAAACCUCCUACAGAGACUACCUUUGCUCAUAGUGUUUUUUGUAUCCUGGCUCUUUAGUCUGUGCUACCCAUCACAUGUCCAUGCUAUGUAUUUAUACGCUUGACUAUGUAGAUAUGAUUACAUUUCUUUUUUCAAAACAUUGGCUCAAUCUGCGAAACUUAAUCCAUUAGCACUUGAUGUAAAUUGUAAUAUGAUUGAUCAUCAACUUAAUCUGUGACUUGUAGACAGAUUCUGGGAAACGAAUCUAACCACAUCUUUUUUAUUUCAGAAUGUGCACCAGGGUUAUCCCAAAGAAACAUUGAUGCGUUUCCUAAAGGCUAGAGAGUGGAACGUAUCUAAGGCUCAUAAAAUGAUUGUAGAUUCUUUGAAUUGGAGGAUUGAAAACGAAAUUGAUAGCGUGCUGGAGAGACCUAUAGUCCCAGUAGAUUUGUACAGAUCAAUACGUGAUUCACAACUUGUUGGCCUAUCAGGAUACACAAAGGAGGGUCUCCCGGUUUUUGCCAUUGGUGUUGGACAUAGCACAUAUGACAAAGCUUCGGUCCACUACUAUGUGCAAUCUCAUAUCCAAAUUAAUGAGUACCGUGAUCGUAUAAUUUUGCCUAGGCUGUCCCAACAGUUUGGGCGCCCUGUUACCAGCUGUAUAAAAGUUCUGGAUAUGACUGGUUUGAAGCUAUCAGCACUGAGCCAAAUAAAGAUGCUGACUUCCAUAUCGACAGUUGAUGAUCUGAAUUACCCUGAAAAGACAGAGACCUAUUAUGUAGUUAAUGUUCCAUACAUAUUUUCCGCUUGUUGGAAGGUUGUGAAGCCCUUGUUGCAGGAGAGGACCAAGAAGAAGGUUAAAGUUUUGAGUGGUUGUGGGAGAGAUGAACUUCUAAAGAUAAUGGACUAUUCAUCACUCCCCCAUUUCUGCGGCCGGGAGGGCUCUGGAUCAUCAAAGCACUCGUCACCAGAUGUUGACAAUUGCUUCUCCCUUGACCAUCCUUUCCACAAAGAACUUUACAGCCACAUCAAGGAGCAAGCAUCGCACCGGGAGCUCAUCAAGAUGGGAUCAUUGCACGUCAGCAUUCCCGAGCCCGACCUGAACGACGCCAAGAUUGUCGAGGUCAUCCAGGCCGAGUUCCAAAAGAUCGGCGAGCAGGACGAGUCCACCAACGGCCACCAGGGUUAGCAUGUGACCGAUGCCGCCAGUGAACUCUAAUGAAACUGGCAAUUGCUGCUCAUUCUGCAUUUCGGUUGACGGUCCCCAGUCGCCUGGGGAAUAUAGUAGCAAAAAGCCUUGCGCCUCCGUUGGUGCAAGCUCGAGUUUGUAGCUGGAGAGGCUGAGAGAUAAACAAGUGGGUGUAUAUUAGAUGGACGUGGAUCCAUAAACACCUUUUUGUUAGUGUAACCGCAAGAUGGUAUAUGGGAGGAAAUCCAUGGAAGUGUUUGGUAAAACAGUGAAUGAUGACUUAUCUUUGCA